AUGACUGGCUCAACGACCAAAAACGUUCUAACCAACACUCCUUUUCUCUCCUUCCAGAUGGGUCACCACAGCAUGGACGGACUCGAGAUGAUCGACCCUAUCUCCUCUUCAUCCAUGACGACCCUUACGCCCAUGAGCGACGGGAGCUCCAUGCACCAGCUUCAUGGCGCCGUCUACACCCAUAGCCCCAUGAAUACGAUGAUGCCUCAUCCGGGUCUUACUCAUCCGCACAUGCCUCUUGGCAUGCACGACACGGACACGGACCCUCGGGAACUGGAGGCCUUCGCCGAGCGGUUCAAACAGCGCCGCAUCAAACUCGGCGUCACCCAAGCAGACGUCGGAAAAGCACUCGCCAAUCUCAAGCUGCCGGGGGUCGGGGCGCUCUCGCAGUCCACCAUCUGCAGGUUCGAAUCGCUGACGCUGUCCCACAACAACAUGAUCGCGCUGAAGCCCGUGUUGCAAGCGUGGUUGGAGGAAGCCGAAGCCCAGGCCAAGAACAAGCGGCGGGAUCCGGACGCGCCCUCUGUCCUCCCAAUGGGCGAGAAGCGUAAACGGACGUCGAUCGCCGCCCCUGAGAAGCGGUCGCUGGAGGCCUACUUCGCGGUGCAGCCCCGCCCGUCCGGGGAGAAGAUCGCCGCCAUCGCCGAGAAGCUCGACCUGAAGAAGAACGUGGUGCGCGUGUGGUUCUGCAACCAGCGCCAGAAGCAGAAGCGGAUGAAGUUCGCCGCCACGCAGAAGCAGAUGGCCAGCGGCAACGUGCACACCUCCAUGGGCUCCAUGAUGACGUCCCCGAUGCCGCCGCACACGCCUGUUCCGUAGUGGAUGGCCUCCCCUGGU